AUGCGUAUCCUCGAUUUCAAGCUGGCUGGAACAGCUCUAGCUGUCUGCGGCCUACUCUUCCUGGAUCAAACUUUGGCCGAUUCGCCUUGCUACACCCCUGCCUCUUGCGACUGGAGGUUUACCAACUCAACAGCAUACUCCCUGUCAAAGCAAAGCGAAAGCAGUCCCGUCAUUCGGAUCGGCGUGUUCGUCCCGUACUCGGCCAGUCUACCAAACGUAUCAGCCGGAGACCCAGACUCAGGGCGAUACUGGUGGAAUGCAGGUGAAGGAUACUAUUCGGCUCUUGUCGCGGCCGAUUCGAUCAACAAGAAGAGCCUCGGUCUGUUCCUGCAGAGGCUGGAGACGGUCAUCAUCGACGACUAUGUCAAUGUCUAUAACGGAGACUCUAUGAUUGCCCAAUCGGCACUCAGUAUCAUCGGCGCCGUGGAAAUGGAUCCCUCGAUCUCAGGCUACCACGGAUUUGUUGGCGAUAGCUUCUACCCUCCAGGAGUCGAACUGCAGUCGUUAGUGGCAUCGACAUACUCGAUACCUAAUUUGCUUCAGUACUGCUCAUAUUCGUACCAAGAUGAGCUGUCAGAGAAAAAAAAGAACCUGAGAAAGACAUUCUUUCGAACAGUCGCAGACAAGAUUUCUGCCGGAGCAGCAAUUGUGGACUUUGUGCAAGAUAUAGGAUGGACAAAGAUUGCGGUUUUGGUGACGCAAAACUCAGCAAAGGGCUCAGCCCGGGGUAUACUCUCGGGGCUUAUCGAGCGGGCCUCGAGUCGAGCCCUCACUAUCCUUCAGAUAUCAUCAUUCGGAAGCGGAGACACGCAGUCGUGGCAGAUGCGAAGCGGGCCGCCGACUGGGGACUGGGAUAAGCCGUUGAUGGAGAUUGCGAGCUCCAAUGCCAGGAUCAUUGUCGUGCUUGGAGAUAGCAUCGAAACUUCGGUGCUCUGGAUGAAGGGCCCUGCAUAUACAGCUUCCGUUCGACUCACCUCCCUCCUUGACCACUUUGAUAGACGCUUUGGCCUGACGGGUCCGCGAUACGUCUGGAUCACGACUAGCCGCCCGGGAACUGUGGCUGAGCUGGAAACCCUAAAGCAGCAAUAUGCACUCAAUAUCACCACGGCCUUGGGUAUCCAGAACGUCGAUAGCUUUUACCAAGUAAUGGGUCCGAAGUCUGUCUUUCCCGCUCUGGAAAACUUCAACUUUCUCAACCAGAGCUACUACUAUGCUCCUGUCACGGAAGGCAGUUCCGCACCAUACAUAUACGACUGUGUUCGAGCAAUUGCGCUCGGCUACCACAAGGUUCUCCUCUAUAACGAUACAUAUCAAAACCUGGACGUCGACAUCGGCAGCGUAAUGAACAGGGCGAUCGAUCAAAAUGUGCUGAGCCCGCAGCUGUUUUCGGCAAAUCAGCCCGGCGCAACUCCUGGCAACACGAAUUUCGAUGAUCUCGGAAACGCCGUCGAAGGCACCCUGUAUUUUGUCAAAUUGGACUCGACACGAAGCUGCGGAAUAUUUGGCGGAGACUGCCGAAGCCUCGACAUUGCUUCUGUCGUCAGCUUCUUUCAGGAUCCAGCGGUAGUGCGGCGGGUUGUGAUGACUCAGCCACCAACUUUUCCAAACCGUGACUACAAUGGGCAUCCCAUCGACAUGGUCACAACGGCAAGAAACUACACCAUACCGAUCGACUACCCUUUGGCUGUGGCCAUCAACACAACAUGGGAUACCAAGGGCUGGUCGCGAAGUCUGGCCUCCGUCAUCAUUGCUAUCAAUAUCGCCAUGCUCCUCCGGGUGUGGAUUCGAUCGAAAAGCCCGCUGAUAUCAAGCAUCGGGCCAGCCUAUUGCACGUUGUUACUCUUGUCCUCGUGCCUGGUGUUGUCCAGCAUCUUCCUCUAUCAAGUCGUGCCUUCCGAUGUGAAUUGUCUCAUCCGGCGGAUUCUUCCGAAUGUUUCAUAUGGGCUCUACUCGAGCGCCAUACUCGUGCGAUUUCAUUAUCUCUACACCACACAGGCCGCCAAGCGCGCUGGAAUCGCACCCGUGAAUCCAUAUCGAUAUAUGAUCGUGGCGUUUGUUGUGACCCUUGUUGAAGCGGUGAUGCUUAUCAUAACUGCAAGCCUGAUACCAACGAAGCCCGAUGCUGCAGACAACCCGGUGGCACUGACGUUCCUAGUCUCGUGCGCGUCAAACGACUUUCAGUUCACAAACACAUACUUUGUUGUUGUGGCACCCUUCAACGCUCUGAUUACUGCCGUGCCCUUCUUCCUCGUCGUCACUUCCCCAUAUGCCAGCCAUUGCGCCAAGGACUUCAAGUGGCUCAAGAUCUCGGUGAUUCACAACAUCGUGCUUGUCGCUGUCUUCAUCGUGCUGACAACACAAGUACAACAUAUCGAGGCCCAGUUCGCGGUCCAGAUCAGCGGAUAUCUGCUCGUGGCUGUUGCCGUUGCUUAUGUCCCGCUGAUGCCGCUGGUGCUCGAGAUGUUUCGGCGGACAUCUCAAUCGGCAGGUGUGGGUCCCGCAGGCCAGCCGUCGCAGACGGUCGAGUUACCGCGCCCAAGCAACCUACAGAUCAAUGGUGUCAGUCUACCAGAAUACCGCAAGUUCACGAUAUUCAGAGACGUCGAAGUGGACCUGCCUCAAGGGCAUCCCUCUGAGAGCCCUACACAUGAUCCUUCGGGGAUGCAGGAGUCAAUAUUUAUCGAUCUCGAAAGCAGCUACAUCGAAUUCGACGAGGCGCUGGGAGUCCACCGGUUUUUCUUGAUCCGGGUCAUAUCCAGAGAAUCGCACUACUGCUUCAAAAUGGAGAGUGAGGCCGGGGUCCGGUCGCUCAUGAGGCACUGUGAAAAGCUACCAAACGUUUCGAUUGCCACCAACCCGCUUGCGCCUUGUUUCUGGAAAUCGAUAGGCAUCUGA